GCUGCAGGUUCGGACCUGCUCUGGCUGACUCCGGGAGCCAGUUGAUGGUCGAAAAUGAUGCCACAAGUGCACGCCGCUGCACAGCCAAGAAGAUACGCGUGCCCAUGGCGAAGAGUUGGAGGCUCUUAUAUAUUUUUUUGUCGCCUCAUCAACUCCUACCGAGCCCACGAGUGUGUUGCCCAAGCGGCCCUGCGGGUUGCUUAUUCUUUUUGGGAUUGUUUUACGCACGACUAUUGUUUGGCGCAGAUGAUGAAGCACUUAGUUUAAAGUUAUUUUUACGUGUGCUAUUUCUUCAGCAUGGCGGAUUCAAACUUAAGGAACGACACUAUCCAUGGGAUCUAUUUCACGGAGCCUCUCAAUGGCUCUGCAAUGGAGCUAAUAUUUCUAAACGACAGCACUGCGGCGUGUUCGAACUUUACACUUGACUCCCGAUCCGUUUGGCUCGGCCUUUUUCUCGGUUUAUUUAUUCUGGUGGCGAUCGUGGGUAACAUUUUGGUUAUUUUGUCCGUGUUGUGCAACAGUCACUUGCAGACGGUGACCAACUUCUUUAUAGUCAACUUGGCGAUGGCGGACCUGCUCCUGAGCAUCGUGGUGCUGCCCUUCUCCGCUUCUCUGGAGGUUCUGGGCUGCUGGGUGUUCGGCCGGGUGUUUUGCAAUAUCUGGGCGGCGGUGGACGUGCUGUGCUGUACUGCCUCCAUCCUCAGCUUGUGCAUCAUCUCCGUGGACCGCUACAUAGGCGUCAAACACUGCCUCAAGUACCCGAGCAUCAUGACCGAGAGGAGGGCGGGCGUCAUUCUGGUUUUGGUGUGGGUGUCGUCCACAGUCAUCUCGGUUGGACCGCUGCUGGGUUGGAAAGAACCGCCACCCGUGGACGAGAGCAUCUGCAGGAUUACGGAGGAGCCCGGAUACGCGCUCUUCUCCUCUCUCUUCUCCUUCUACCUGCCGCUCCUGGUCAUCCUCAUUAUGUACUUUCGGGUCUACGUGGUGGCCCGAAGGACUACCAGAAGCCUGGAGGCGGGUGUCAAGCGGGAACGAGACAAGUCCGUGGAGGUGGUUCUGAGGAUCCACUGCCGCAGCGUGCUGGAGGAUGCGCGCGCGGUCAGCUCCAAAAGCAACAAGCAGCACCCGUUCAGGAGCUCGCUCUCCGUGCGCCUCAUGAAGUUCUCUCGGGAGAAAAAGGCGGCCAAAACCCUCGCCAUCGUCGUAGGCAUGUUUAUCCUCUGUUGGCUGCCUUUUUUCUUCUUUUUACCUUUUGGCUCCUUCUUUCCAGCGAUGAAGCCAUCAGAGACAGUAUUCAAGGUGGUCUUUUGGCUGGGCUACUUCAACAGCUGCAUCAAUCCCAUGAUCUACCCCUGCUCCAGCAAAGAGUUCCAGCGGGCUUUCACCCGCCUACUCAAGUGUCGCUGCCGCCAGAGGCGGAGGGCUCUGCGUCGCUUCUAUGACCAGAAAUGGCGCUCGGCCAUCAGGGGAAUGGCGUUGGAACAAAGAGGGGAACACGAGUCAGGCUACACCACGCACGGCUCCUGCGGCAGCUCUUUGUUAAGCAAGCCAGGGGGGAGUUUAAAGAGAUGGAACCUGUUCCCACCGCUGCAGAAGUCCUCCUUUCAGCUCAAAGAAACAGUGAACAACCUGUCAAAUAAAAUUAAGGGAAGCACGGGGCGAGGAAGUGCACCUGCAGUGGUCGAUGCAGUUUCAAUGGGGAUUUACAACGUGUGUGAACAAAGCAGUUAUCACAUCUAUGACUUGGCUGAGUGUUACGGCCUGAAGGAGACAGACAUUUAAGAGGACGCUUUAUUCUCAAAAGGCUCUUUUGGACCAAAUAUCAUUUGAUCAUUCACAUUCAGAACCACCACAAUAAAGGACAGAGAAUAAGAUUCACUGUAUCAGAAAUCUGGCUUGAUCAAAACGAAAUACUGAGUCUUUAUGUUUUUGUUAAAAAAAAAAAUCUUGUAUUGUGCACGUGGUCGUCUUGUGACCGGGAAGUGUAACUGACAGGUGCAACUGUUGAUUGUUCUAAAAUGAGAGCACGUUAAAUUAUUUCCAUCCAUCACGAUCACAAAAGAUUGAACACAUUUUUUUCAAUUUUGCUUGGUUCACAAUUAUUCCAAUAUCACAUUUUUUAUAAUUAUCUUGACGUUGGUUUAAUAUAACAAGGUAAUGUAAGACAGGGAAUUAAAUGCCGCAAAGUGUGUCUUGUAACUGUUGGAUUCACUGCAUUAAGCGACACAAUUACUUGGCUAUCAUAAUUGUAUAUAUUCAAGUGCAGAGUGCUACUGUGAAAUGAACAUGCAUAGUUUUUUUUAAUGCUGUGUUUGUUUUUGUGCAAAUUAAAAGUUUUAAAAAAAAAUUUU